AUUUAUACCACGUUUAUCAUCAGAAGUAUUUUUAGCGAAACUGCACGUCAUACCAUUAUAAACUAUGGUGUCUAAGGGACUAGCGCAGAUUACCGUCGCUUCAAUUUAUCGACUGAUAGUUCUUGGAGUAUUCACAACAUUCACUGUCAUCGGCUAUCAAUAUCUGUAUCCAGAUGAACCAUUACGUAUUACAAAUCUCUUGGUACUUUUUAAGUAUUUAACAUUUAUUACUAUGACUAUGACAGAAGUGUACUUCUGUGUGGCCACAUUACUACAGGCAUGUAAAUCGUUUAAAGUUCAUUCUUACUUCUAUACACUGGCGUUCACAUACUGUUCGACAAUUGCUGUGCUGUACGUCACUGUGUAUGCAGUUGAUUCAACUGUGGUGACUGAAAAUCCUGAAUUGAAGGCAAUGCCUUUAUGGUUCAAUCAUGCAACUCACUUCUUUGAAAUAGUGGCAGUACUUGUCGAUGCAUUCGUCUGGAGACCGAAAUCAGUAAAAUUGUCGCAUUCCUUCAUCCUUUGUUAUCUUCUGUUGGCAGGCUACAAUAUCUACAUAGAAGUUUCAAUAUCAGUAUUCCACUUCAGUCCAUAUCCGAAACUUGACACAAUAUCAACUGGUUAUCGAUUUUUAACUUACGCAAUUACUUGGGCAUUGGUUACUAUAUUCAUUAUAUGCAAUUAUUGCCUACUUCGUCUGAUGAAUCGAAGGAGCAGUGAUGCUAAACAAUCGAUUGAGGAUACGAAAUAAAGACAUUUUACACUAAUUUAUUUCUGUAAUUUUUCUUUAAUCAAUAAAAGCAAGCUUGAAAACCUCAGGA